AUGUCGUCUAAGUCUGCUAAAAAGAAAGAGCCAACUUCCAAAAAGGAAGUCAAGUAUAAACCGCCAAAAGAGUUCAUGGUAAGGCCGGCAGAUGACUAUUCCAUCAAAGACUUAGCUACCAUUCUCUUACAUCCAGAGGUCAUAGAGAACUUACCUCUGGCUGUGGGUUCAUUUGUAAAAAUAACCAGACCAGGGUCCACUACGGGUGUUGUCGGUAUUGUAGAGGAGCAAGAUGUUGAGGAUUUGCUUGAGGACAGAAGCGAUAUAAUUCAAAUGACUACACCGCUUAGAAAACUCUGUAGCGUGAUGUUGGGUGAAAGAGUAUCGCUACUAAAGAUUAGCAAACAACCCAAGUAUGCUGAAACUGUCACUGUUGGAGCCCAUAAUUUAACUGACUCACUAAAGGAAGCGCUCCAGUCAAGCUUACCUGGAAUCUUGGAUCAGUUCAGUCUUCUUCAGCCAGGCUUUUCCUUCCCUUCUGGUGUAACUGAUACCGAUGGCAAGGAGAUCAAUGUUUUUAUAACCGAAAUAAACACCGAUCUUCUUCCGAAUAUUAGUGCUUUGAAUUUAGACGGCCAAAGUACUCCCAGUUCCAUCGCAGCAUCUCUUUUUCACAGUAAAUCAACCAAGAUAAGUAUUUCAGAUGAUAUUUUCUCCAGAUACAACCCUUCUGCAUUAGUUGACUAUUCUCAAAUUGGUGGUCUCCAAAAACAAAUCGAACUACUAAAAACAUCUGUAUCUCUGCCUUUGCACCAACCAGAUUUGUUUACCAACUUCGGUAUAACUCCUCCUAGGGGUAUCCUACUACAUGGUCCUCCGGGUACCGGGAAAACAAUGCUCUUACGAGCCGUUGCCAAUGAAGAAAAUGCUCAUGUAUUGACUAUAAAUGGACCAUCAGUUAUUUCAAAGUAUUUGGGCGAGACUGAGAGCACUAUUCGGGACAUGUUUAGGGAGGCAGAAUUGUACCAACCUUCCAUAAUUUUCAUCGAUGAAAUAGAUGCUCUUGCUCCCAGCCGAAACAGUGAUGAUGCAGGAGAGACUGAAAGUAGAAUUGUUGCUUCGUUGCUGACUCUCAUGGAUGGGAUGGGGAACGCUGGAAGAGUGGUCUUAGUUGGAGCCACCAACAGACCUAACGCAAUUGAUCAAGCUUUAAGGAGACCUGGACGCUUUGAUCAAGAGGUUGAAGUGGGCAUACCUGACGUUGCCGCUAGAUAUGAUAUUUUGAAUUUACAAUUUAAGAAAAUGCGCAGGCACGAGAUUUCUGAGCAGGACAUCAAAGAAAUAGCAUCAAAGACUCACGGAUAUGUGGGUGCAGAUUUGGUGGCUCUUUGUAGAGAAACAGUAAUGAAAGCAAUCAAAAGGGGACUGGAUUUUCAUAAUUUGGAUUCUUUGAAAAUAGGGCUCUCAGAUGUGGAGAAUGCUAUGCUUGACAUCAGGCCCAGUGCAAUGAGAGAGAUCUUUCUAGAGACCCCAAAAAUUUCCUGGACAGAUAUUGGUGGUCAAGAGGUCGUGAAACAGAAACUGAAAGAAAUGGUUGAACUACCUCUGAUAGCUGCUGAAAGCUUUCAACGACUGGGAGUUUCUGCUCCAAAAGGUUUACUUCUGUACGGACCUCCAGGGUGUUCAAAAACUUUAACUGCGAAAGCGCUGGCUUCUGAGUCCGGUCUCAAUUUCCUUGCAGUGAAGGGACCAGAGAUAUUCAACAAAUAUGUCGGAGAGUCUGAAAGAGCAAUCAGGGAAGUGUUCCGCAAAGCAAGGGCUGCUGCACCCUCAAUAAUAUUUUUUGAUGAGAUCGAUGCCCUUUCCAAUACGAGAGAUGACAACAAUAAUACGACAGCUUCCAACAACGUUUUGACUUCCCUUUUGAAUGAGAUUGAUGGAGUCGAAGAACUGAAAGGAGUGGUGAUUCUUGGGGCUACUAAUAGACCAGAUGCUAUCGACCCAGCAUUGCUUCGUCCUGGGAGGUUAGAUAGACAUAUAUACGUGCCUCCCCCUGAUGCUGCAGCCAGAUAUCAAAUUUUGGACAAUUCCACAAAAAAUUUUGGGCUGGGGGGUAAUGAAGACGAGCGGGGCAAGCUAUUAACUCUUUUAUCUGAGCUGACUGAGGGAUGUUCAGGUGCUGAAGUUGUUCUCUUAUGUCAGGAAUCUGGUUUAGCCGCUGUCAUGGAAGACACUAAUGCCGAAAAAGUGGAAUUGAGACACUUUCAAAAGUCACUUGACGAUCUGAGUCUAAAUAUAACCCCAGAAAUGAUCGCCUUCUACGAAGACUUUGCAAAGAGGUACUCCAGAUAA